UAUCAAAUAGUACAUGAUAUUAUAUUUGCUAACGGCCUAUCUUGUUCUCAUCUUAUUAUAUUUUUAUUCAAUUCUUAGUUAAAGUCUUGUAUCCCUUAUAUUUAAUUUCUUCUAAUUUUUCUUUUAUACACUUGACAUGUUUCUUCAUAAGAAUCCAGAAUCUCUGAACUAGAAGGUUGAAACUCAAAGAUGGAAAAAAUAGAGCACACAACCGUUCACACCAACGGAAUAAAAAUGCACGUUGCAUCAAUCGGUUCGGGUCCAGUCAUACUCUUUCUCCACGGCUUCCCUGAGCUCUGGUAUUCAUGGCGCCAUCAGCUUCUUUCCCUCUCCGCUCUCGGUUACCGCGCCGUCGCGCCUGACCUUCGCGGAUACGGUGACACCGACGCACCGUCUUCUCCUUCUUCUUACACCGCUCACCACAUCGUCGGUGACCUCGUCGGACUUCUCGAUGCUCUGGCUGUGGAUCGAGUGUUUUUGGUUGGUCAUGAUUGGGGAGCUGCUAUGGCGUGGUAUUUUUGUUUGUUGAAGCCUGAUCGUGUUAAGGCUUUGGUUAAUAUGAGUGUUGUUUUUCGGUCUAGGAACCCUAGUAGAAAGCCUGUUCAAACUAUGAGGGCUUUGAUGGGUGAGGAUUAUUAUAUGUGCAGGUUUCAGAAACACGGGGAGGCUGAAGAAGAGUUCGCACGUGCUGGUGCCUCAAGAAUAAUAAAAUCAUUUCUUACAAUCCGUGAUCCACGUCCACUUUGUGUGCCAAAGGAGAUAGGAUUUGGAGGUUCCCCUAACACUCCUAUUACUUUACCUAAAUGGCUUUCCGAAGAAGAUGUGAGUUAUUAUGCUACCAAAUUUGAGCAGAGUGGCUUCACUGGUGGGCUAAAUUACUAUCGCGCUCUUGACCUAACCUGGGAACUGAUGGCACCAUGGACUGGAGAUCAGAUAAAAGUACCUGUCAAGUUCAUUGUAGGAGACCUGGACCUUACAUAUAACACGCCAGGCGUUAAGGAGUAUAUACAUAAUGGUGGCUUUAAGAGAGAAGUACCAUACUUGCAAGAAAUGGUUGUGAUGGAAGGAGUAGCUCACUUUAUAAAUCAGGAAAGACCAGAAGAGAUCAGCGCGCACAUAUAUGACUUUAUCAAGAAGUUUUAACCUGCUUCGUUCUUCACAUGAAUGUUGUGUAAAAGUUAUUUAUAAUUCAUAUUUUGGAUUGCACUGUCCCACACGGCACACGCUUCCAAGAUUGAAGAAUUUGCACAAUUUGGAACAAGUGUAAACACACAUGUAGGAGAUGAAGUUGUACGUGAGACCAAAAGUGGUUAUGUUCAAAAUAUAAGGCAAUGAUUUGGUUUAAAA